AUGGGCCUCACAUGCGCACGAGAACAGGAAGCGGUUUCUCCAUCAACGGGGUUGCAUUCGAGCCUUGACCGCCGGCGAAGCCACGUGCGCAGUACGCAGCCCCCUUUCACAUCGGGCAAAUCCGCUUGCCGUCACACGCUAGCCACGCGUUCCAGAGCUGACGUGUACGUUGGUCUCGACAACUCUUGUGAGGCUCUGUGCGCGGUGGAAUGUGUGGACCUGCCUGCCCCACACCUGACGAGACUCCCACCUCCGCCGUCUUGUGCAGAAACACGGCCUCCAAAGCUAAACCGCUGCCACGAUGAAACUGCGCAAGCAACGGCGCUCGUCGGAGCGACGCCGUCGGCGCCGCGGUAUCCCCUUUACCACAUCCCUGACAGUGAGGACGACGAUGGCUACACUGUGGUGCCUUUCAAGUCGACUUACUGCCUACAGCGCGCGACUGAUGUAGAACCUGACAACUUCCGUGCAAUGGUGACCCACUCCCACGCUACAGCAACAGAGCAGUCGGACACGGCAACAGCUACCUACGAUCCGAAGGGUGACGACGGUACAGGAGGGAAAGACGCCACGUCACCGACGACGGUAUCGCGCACGGAAUUAGUGAAGGCAACGAGAAUCCUUCCAAAGCAGUCUUUAGGGGAACUGCGGGGCGGCCUUUCUUCUGACGUCAUAUCUGACAGCACUGAUGAUCGAGUCUCGAGGCAAGCGGACGGUAUUCACUGCACGUCGAUCUUUGAAUUGGAGCUCAUCUUGCAGCCGGAGAGCCUCUCCGACUCGGCUUCGUAUGAGUGCACCCCUUCGAUAUUCUCGAUGACGAAGAGCACGGAAACAGACAAGUACUCCAGCACCGCCUUCGCUAGCCAGAGGUCGCUGUCACGGCGGCACACCUUUGGUAUUCUUAUGCCAACAGGCCACAGCCAGGUAGUCGAGCACACGGAAGACGGCGGCGCCUGGGAGCCGCAUUUCCUUUCUUCUGGGGUUAGCGCUGAUGAGCGUCAGUCCUGUCGGAUGCAGAGUAGCGCCAUGGUAGUUGCGAAUAUCGGGGAGAAGGGGGAGCAGAGCAGCGCCUUCGGUGUACGCCGCCACCAUGACGGCCGCCGUUUCGACAGGCACCGCCACAGGGUGAGAGGAGCGACCGCGGUGCUGCCACGCGACUCAGCACGCUCUCGAUCGAAGGUCGGCAGGCCGUGGCCGCAGCCCAUUAUGGAGGGACCUAAAAGCAACCUAUCACGCAGUCGGUCGUUUAACGUGGAGGAAACGCUAGGGUGCUCGGCGCUCAGUGCUCGCUUUGUGCCUUCCCCCGACUGGCAGCGUGUCGACAUGAUUGAGGAGGAGCAGCGGCGACUGGCACAGGUCCUCAAGGUCCAUCAGAACCGUCUUGCAAAGUGGCAGCGCAUGCAAGUGGCACACUGGAAAACCGUCAGCUCUUGA